GGAUUUUCCAAUUCGAAGCGUGGGCGCUUUUUGGGAUCAUUAUUAUUUGUAAAAUUGCGGGGAAAAAAGACUAGUUUGUGUAAAUUCACACACAUUUACUCACCAUGGAAGAUCGCGGCAUGUUGGGCCUUGUGAAGAAGGUGGUGCAUUCGCUGGUGGUGUCCUCCCCUGGGAGAAUGACAAUCGAGAAGCUGAUGCGGGACUACCGAACCGAAGAAGGCUGCAAUGUGCCCUACUUAAAACUGGGAUUCAACGACGCCGAAGCCUUUCUCCGUUCCAUUCCAGAUACAGUCAGGGUGAUGGGACACGGACCAAUGGCCCUGAUAACUGCAGUCACCACCGACAAAUCGGCUCACAUACAGAAAUUAGUCCAUGGCCAAAAGAAACCCUCCUCCAGGUCCAGAAAUCGACAUAAACCAAAGUAUUGCUACGCCUCCGCGCGUUCAGAUCUGGUCUUUAUAAACGAAAGCGCGCGAAGGAUGAGUGCCAGAUACAUACCGCCUCGAACUUAUCAGCCACCCGUCAAUUAUCACAUUCCCGUUUCGUAUCCCAACUACAAUCGGCUGCUGUAUCCCAUCCACAAGCCGGUCAUUGUCUACGAGAAUAUUAAUGCCAUGAUCUGCGCCGGACAGCAGCAGGUGCUAUAUAAUUACUACACGCUGCAGUAUUAUCUGUAUCUCCUGUCGAUGAUUAAUCCAAUUAAUGCAUAUGCUUAUCCGCAGACUACCCCAAGACCGCAACCGCAUACCUUUACACAGAAAGCAAAACCAGAGCCGUUGAAAAUUGUAAAUCAGACGCAGAACGUUUCGAAACCGGAGCCCCUCAAAGAACAAAAGCGUCAGCCACAGACUAUUUCAAGGCCUAAAACUCCUGUUGAGAUUAAGCAGCAGAAUCCGCCUCAGGAAUGGGAGAAAGAAACCGAGAAACUGGUGAAAGCUUUCGAAAACCUCUCUGUUGAUUCUCCUCCCACUGGCUACCAAGAUAAUCAGGAGUACGAGAUAUACGAGACUGAUGAGGAGAAAUUGUUAAAAGAUCCAUUUAGCUCUGGAGAGGAGGAGCAGGCUCCUAUACCUAUCAUCGAAAUUGAAGAUUCAGAGGACGAGGAUGAGGCAGUUGUGCUCAAUUUAGAACCAAUUUCUGAAGCAAAGCCUCAUCCCAUAUCCACGUCCACAAAUUUGGAGGAUAUUGUCAAGCCCCGAGGACCUAAAGAGCCCUUCUAUGAUUCAUCUUCCGAUGAUGGGGACGAAGAAAAUGCCAUUCCUGCUUAUGCUGUGGACGAACGAGUUUUAGGUCUUGAUUAUCCUAUGGAUUCGGUUCGUUUUGAUUUCAAGCUACCUGAGCGCGACAUUGACGCCAUUAUCCAGUUGGAGCAGCGCAUUGAGGUGCAGUUGGUGAAGGUUGACAAUCCACACAACUUCUACUUUUGGAUAUAUAACGAAGAGUAUGAUGACUACAGGGCCUUAACCUCUAAUAUGCAAAUGUUUUACGAAAGUCGUGAAUCGGAAAAGUACGCCAUGCCGCUGUGCUUAAUAACUACUGAUCACCUUUGCGCUGUGCGCCACAACCACACGGGUGUGUGGGAAAGAGCCAAGGUAGUAAGGUACCGACCAAGUAACACCAGAAUGACUAUCGAAGUGGAGCUGGUCGACACUGGGAACCUUAUGUGUGUGAGUCACAAGGAUGUCAAGUUUCUGUUGAAGGAAUUCGCCGAGCUGCCGGCGCAGGUAUUGACCGGUCGAUUGGCCUUUAUAACUCAGUUGACGGCACCAGUCUGGUCGGCAGAAGCCGUCAAAUUCUUCUAUAAUUUGUCUUCCUAUCGCAGACUUUACGGCCAGGUCGAGGCUAUCAAGAACAACACUGCCUAUCUUGUACUAAUUGAUCCCGACAAAGUGCCCGUUAUAAACUUGAAUAAGUCGCUGAUUGACUCCGGUUGGGUGCUUCGCAGCAUCACGGCUUAAAUGUACAAUAAUAUUUGUUCAUACAUACCAGUUAUUAUUCUAGUUAAGCGUUCAAUCUUACUGUUCAGACCACUGAAAAAUUCUUACGUCUCGGCAUGGAAUGUCAAAUUGUUUCUUAUGUUUCCCAUUAUGAGAUCAAUAAAAUUCGUUAUCGUAUUAUUUUAA